AUGGCUUUAGCUCUAUACUACACUGCUGGGUCCGCGCCAUGCCGUCUGGUCCUGCUAGUGGCGGCAGCCCUUAACAUCCAGCUGGAUUUGAAUACCGUCGACUUGCGAGCGGGAGAACAGUUCAAUCCAGACUUUUUGAAGCUAAACCCCCAACACACAGUGCCAACCCUCGUCGACGGUGACUUCUCACUUUGGGAGUCUCGCGCCAUCAGCAGAUACUUGAUCUCUAAAUAUGGUGACGAGAACAACAGCCUGUACCCAAGUGAUCCUCAGGCCAGGGCUGUAGUUGAUCAGAGAUUGGACUUCGAUUUGGGCACAUUGUAUCCAAGAUUUGGAGGGUAUUUUUAUCCACAAAUCUUCGGUGGAGCGAAGCCUGAUGAAGCUCUUCUGAAGAAAUUGGAAGAAGCUCUAGUGUUCCUGAACACAUUCUUAGAGGGCAACACAUAUGCUGCCGGGGACAAGUUGACCUUGGCUGACCUCAGUCUUGUGGCCACAGUGUCUACGAUUGACGCUACCGGCAUCGUCAGCUUGGACAAAUAUCCUAAUGUUCAGAAGUGGUUCGAACUGGUAAAGACAUCGGCACCUGGAUAUGAUAAGGCCAACCAGGCCGGUAUUGAUGAAUUCAAAGCUCUGCUAGCUUCAUUCAAAGCAAAAACUGAGUUGUAA